AGUUGUUUUCUUCCUGCCCAAGUUUUACGAUUGUGAUUAUUUUGUGAUUAGUCCAAAUAAUAUUUUUUGGAAUUGAUCCAAAAUAUUAAAAUCGUGUCUGUUUGUGUGUAUACAGCGGUUGAAGUCGUCGUUUAUUUGUGACUUUUUCGUUUUCCUUUGUCUCAUGGAGUUUGCAUUACAUCCAUUUUAAUUUUUAUCAAUGUGAAGUGUUGCUCUGUUCUUCUGUGAUUAUUUUUACGAACCAGUUUUGAUAAUGGAAAUGGAAGUUCCAAAUCCUGAAAAUGGGUCAAAACAGGACUUAAACGACAGCGGAUGCGUCCAAGAUACAUCCGUGAUUGAGAAUGGCUACGUCAGCAGUCUGCAUCUCCUGGACUUGUCUGAUGAUGCACUGCUUUGCAUCCUGAAGUUCUGUGACCCCAUGGCACUGAAGGCAAUCGGACACACGUGCCCCCGUCUCGGAGCUUUAGUCUGCGAUCGCUCGCUCUGGCAGCGCGUCGACGCGAGAACGACUCCGAUGGGCAAGAAAAGGAUCCGGUGGAUGUUGAACAAUUGCCUCUCUCAUAGCACUACUGAGCUCAAGAUUGCUGGAUACGCCAAUAAGUUUAGCAGAUGUCUCGGCAUUCAAGAUCUCCAAUGGCCUGUACCAGCUGAGUCAACCGGUAUUGACGUGGAGCAUUUUCUGCUUCGCAUGUGGUACCCUCAUCUUCCUAGAUUCGUGGUACCGCCUCGCUGGCCGAAUAAGGCAGAAGUGGAAAGAAGAGCUCAAAGGCAAGCUAAGAAGCGCAAAGCAGAACCGUCCUGCUCCAAAGAAGACCCUGAAGAAGAAAGACCGUACGACGACGGCUUCCCAAAAGACCUUGAUGAUGGUCUUUCGAAGGAGUGCAAGGGUCCACAGUUCUCAUUAUCAGCUGCUAUUAUGAAGGAACUGAUGGAGACUUGUGAAAAUCUGACGACGCUUUAUUUGGAAUAUUGUAAUGUGGAUUAUCGAACGACGAAUAUCCGUCUGUUCCCGAAGAAACUCAAGAAAUUAUCGAUGCGCGGAUCAAGAUGUUAUAAUCUACCUCUAAAUGUGUCUUAUCUGGCUAAAGUCCAUGAGAUACUUCCUGACCUUGAGUAUUUAGACGUAUCGGAAUGUGAUUGGUUCGAACCCGCCUCCUUGAUGACGAUUAGCAAGCUCCCCAAACUGACUGAAGUAUACAUGAGGGACUGUAAAAGACUCACAGAAUGCGUGGCGUAUGCUUCCCUAUCAACAAGAUAUGGAUUCCGAAAGUUACGGCGUCAUCAUCAUCAUCAUCAUCAUCAUCAUCAUCAUCAUCAUCAUCAUCAUCGUCAUCAUCGUCAUCAUCAUCAUCAUCAUCAUCAGUCGGAAGAUCCUUCACAUCGAACCACAACUCGCCACCUGCAUCCAUUAGCUCUCCGCGACUCUGACCAUGUCGUAUUCGACUCCCGCGGCUCCCCUCUAGCAGAUUCGGAGAUAUCAUCGCUGGGUUGGUUGCCAGAGCUUCAGGAGCUGUACUGUUCCCCACCAGACGUGCUGAACACGCUAUCAGAACAUACCCACUCCUGGAAAGACACGAAGACUGAGUUCCCCGAACUUGAAGAUUGGGAAAUUGAUGAGCCGGAGUACUACAGGGCGAAGUCUCCAUCGGCUGCGGAGGCUGAUGAGGAUGACUCGUGUGAUGCCACGGAGCGCCCCAGUGACCUUUUACGCGAAAACCCGAUGUGGUCCAACGAGAGACGCGUCAUAGUAAUUCAACCUAAUACGGCGCGAAUAAUCAACGGACAGUACGCGAACCCGCGCGAACGACAAGACGAGCCUCAACCGGGACCCGGAAUGGUGCAAAUACCUAUACCAGCGGAACCCAGGCAACAGCCUCAACCGGGCCCCGCUCAACCGGGCCCCUCGCCUCAACCGGGCCCCUCACCUCAACCAGAGGCGGGUCCAUCGAAACGUCGCGCCCAACCAGAUGAGCCCAACGAAGGUAAAAGGCCCCGCAUGCAACCGGAUAACGAAGAAAACCAUGUCAAUAACAAUGAAGAAGUUUCCCCGCCCGUUAGACUGCGGUACGUCAACUUAUACGGUCAAUCGCCCCCUGAAAACAGGGCCGCCCCACCCAACGCCCACGACCGCCCACUAUCCAGAGACUUAAUCUUCAAUGCAGACUCUCCUUUUAAUAUAAGCAACCAUGUCGGCUAUCACCUAGUAUCCGACACCGCUAUAUUACGAUUCGGAAGAGCGGAGAACGAAAAUGUGAAUUACGUUCACAUAGGCCGGUCUAGGGGCAACCCGGACGAGAAUCAAACCUUCGACCAUAGACCUGAUAGGGCUAAUUUAAGGAUAUUAUCAGCGACCGGAUAUAGGCAUAUCACCAACAGAAGCUUAGAACAUUUAGCCACAGCGGCACCGCAUUUGUUACAUAUAGAUUUUACAGACACAGGCGUCACGGCGAGCGGGGUCGAGAUUUUUAAAGCUAUAAGGCCUAAUUGUGAGGUCAUUUUCGGGCCUCUCGAAAGUCAAAAUAAUUAGGUUUUAAUGUCAACGUCAAUGUAAAUGUCACUGUCAUCGUCGACGUCGAUGUCAUUGUCAAUGUCAAAGUGACAGCGAGACAAAGUGAUUGAUGUCGACUUUGACAUUUCGAUUUUGACAUAUUGACAUUUUUUUUUUGGAGAAACGUAUUGUAGUAACAGUGUCUUGGUCAGCAAAAAAAUCGGGUUAUAGAUUAGGUUCUGUGGGUUUUUUUAAAGAACCCCCAUAGGAAUUGUAUUUAGGAGUAUUUAUUGAAAAGUUUGCUAUUAUUAAUAUUACUAUUGAAAUCGGGCUUUGAAUAGAUUUGUAUGUCAAACAAUGAUUGAAAGUGAUUUUCGAAAAUGUAUAAUUAUAUAAUUUUUAAUAAUUAGGGAUGAUGGCAGUAUUUAAAAAUAAUAUUUGAACUCAUUUAU